GGUACGGGAUCGCGACGCGCCGCCACGCCGGGACUGGUGAGGUCGGCGCCGCCGCGGGGACCUGGGGGCGCCAGCUCGCUGCUCCGCCCGCUCCCGGCCCGCUGUGCACGCGGCUGGACCCGCAGCAGCAGCAGCAGCAGCAGCGAGGACUCGAGCGCAGGCGACAGCAGCGACACCAUGGAUCUGUCUUUUAUGGCCGCGCAGCUGCCCAUGAUGGGAGGAGCGUUCAUGGACUCGCCCAACGAGGACUUCAGCACUGAGUACUCCCUGUUUAACUCCUCCGCCAACGUCCACGCGGCCUCCAAUGGCCAGGGCCAGCCAGAGGAGCAGCCUCGGUCCUCCAAUGAUGCCGUCCUGCUGUGGAUUGCCAUCAUAGCAACACUGGGGAACAUUGUGGUGGUGGGGGUGGUGUAUGCCUUCACCUUCUGAGGGAAUGGCCCACCAGCCGCUGCAGGACGGCCCCUCCUGUACUGAGCUCACUACCAGUGGAGGCUGUCCUUGUGGCCCUGUCUUGCUGCAGGAUUCUGGCUGUGCCCAUGUUCUAAAUCAGGAGUUCUGAGCCCUUGAAUGGCCUCUCCAGGGGCAGUAUCCAUGCAUCUGGAAUUUCCCCAGAUAGCCCUGAUUUCAGACACUCUGUGCUGUGAUUAAGCUGAUUCAGAAAACUGAAAGUUGGAAUCCCAUAGGCAUGGUGGGGCAAGGUGUGCAAAGAGAAGAGUGGAAAGUCCUUAAAACCACCAUCCCAGGACCCAGUGGGAGCAGCCAGUUAGGUUUCAGAUGUGGUCAUGGUUGGCCAUUGCUGGUUAGUGGUAAAUGUCACUUGUGUGUCUUGUUCUUAUGGGUGAUUUUUGACCCUGGUUGUGGUGCUGGGACGAGGGCAGCCCUCAGAACUUCUGAGUCCCCCACACAAUCCUGGUCUCAAGUCCAACCCUUUGAUGGAUGGUGGUGUUGUAGGGCCAUGAAAGGUUCCUGAUCUGACUUAGACACUUAAGAUCCCCAAGUGCAUAAGGAAACCCAGAGAUGGGGGCAAUCACUGGUAACACUUGGGGGGGCCUGGGGUGCUGGUGGUGGAUUUUGUCUGU